AAAGAUUGAUUAAUUACAUUUAGUUCGUGGUUUAUUGAAAAGCAACGAAGCAAGAAAAUGACGGCCUAUGAUGUCUAGAUUUUGAAUAAAAGCCCAAAAUCUCCCUAGCGCUUGUGUAAUUAAGCACUAGAACUCGACUGUGGAUUUCAGAUACCACGACUUUUAAGUGAUUAACGAACAAUGGCAACUUCUUCAUCAUCAAAAGGAUGGAUAAGCAAUAUUACAUCAAUUGCAUCUCGGGUUUAUUUCUUCCUAAUCAUUCUCCAGAUCCCGCUCUUCAGGGUUCCAUGCAGAGCUGGUAUGUGUGCAACACCCAUUCAUGUCACUUCUUCCCAGUUGAUUGCAAGUGAUAUCUUUCCCACUCCGGUUGUGAAGGCCCUUCUUUACCCUGGGGCCAUUGUGCAUGGCCUUAUCCAAAACAUGACUGUUCCAAGUUGGGAUAACCUGUUGGACAUAUAUAACUUAACCAGCAUAAAGGAGGCCUCUGCAAUGAUUGAUCUCCAGCGCUUAGAGGUUCUUGCAGGAAGCUACUUCUCUGUGGCAGGAGCACUUGUGGGUAUCUUAAAACCUGGAAGGAUGAGUAUGUUUGGGACACUUCUAAUAAUAUGGGGCCUUAUCAAGGAAGGGAUCCUUGGGAAGUCAGCGAGCCCAGAUCCUACCAAAUCUGUCUAUGUCUACCCAACAAUGUUAAUUGCCGUGCUAUGUGCCUUCUCAUCAAUCAAGUAUGAUAUGAAGAAGGUUGUGAAGAGUGCUCCAGCUCGACCCAUUGCAAAACCUGUGCAGAGGUCUGCAAAAUCUAAACUGAAAUGAGUUGAAAUGUGAUACUUCGGAUUGAAUGACUCUAAUUUUUGUUAAAUUUCCGUGGGUUGUAAGUUCAAUCUCUAACACCCAUAAUUUUGAGGACUAGUGUGCAUCCGAACUGUACUGGUUGUGACUGAAGUAAAACAUUCACGAUAUUAAUCCAAAUUGAUCAUUGUGGAAGAA